UCACAGUAGGUUUCGAAUUCAAGGAGGUUCCUCUACGCUCUCGAUUCAUCACCUCCUCCUCCUCUCCUCUUCUCCAAACCCUAACCCUAAAUCUCUUCUCCCGUAGCCUCGGAUUCCAAAACCAUAACCCUAAUCCUGAUGGCAAAGGGAGGAGGUUCGAGAGAUGUAUCUCGUAGAGAUUUUGACCUUAGAUUUGAAGAGAGAGGGCGCUCAUCUGGGUGGGGUGUUGCCCCUCCAUCAAGGCACCUAUGGGUAGGGAACCUGAGUCCUGAGGUGUCACCUAGUGUCCUUUCAGAUCAAUUUUUGAAGUUCGGGCAUCUUGAGGACAUUUCUUAUGUCCCUGGUCGAAGCUAUGCAUUUGUCAACUACAUGAAGAAAGAUGAUGCGGCCCAUGCAAUGAGAGCUCUUCAAGGUGCCAUUAUUGAAGGGAUGCCUCUUAGGAUCGAGUUUGCCAAGGGGGAGAAACCUCCAUUAUCAUCACAGGAUAAGGAAUAUCAAAGGUAUGACAAUGAAAGGCAUUCACAUAAGCAUGGAGAUGCAAGGCCAAUUCAAUCUGGAAAGUCAUAUGACAAUUUUAAGGGGAAUAAAGAUGCAGAGCCAAGUGAAAUAUUAUGGAUAGGGUUUCCUUUGCCCAUGAAUAUUGAUGAAUCAGUUUUAAGGAGGGCCUUUUCACCUUUUGGUGAAAUUGAAAGAAUUACAACAUUUCCUGGUCGCUCAUAUGCUUUUGUUCAGUACAGGAGUGUGACAUCAGCUUGCAGAGCUAAGGAAGCCCUUCAUGGAAAGUUGUUGGAUAAUCCACGUAUAAGGGUUUGCUUCGCUAAGGGUGAUGUUCCUCCUGAUCAAGGGAGGAGUUUGUCUAAUGUUCCUCAUCCUCCACGUUUCAGGUCUAAUAUUCAUCCUGGCCCUAGUGGAAGAACCCUUGAGGCUUUCCACGGGGAAAGAGGCUUUGAAAGUCCUACUUCAGGAUUUCAAGUUUCGUCUCCACCAUUCAUUCCAAACUUUGAGAGGAUGCAUGGAGAUUCUGGUGCUGUUGGUUCUGGUAGAACUGGUACUGUACAAGCAGGUUUGGGCCCAGGAUGCAAUCCUGGUGCUCCCUUUGAGCACAUUAGGCUGCAGGAGUUUGGCUCACAUAGGUUGCCAGGGGACACUUACGAACGCUAUCAGAAUAGUCCUAGGAGGGACUGGGAUGCACAGUGGGAUAAUCCCCCUCUCGAGAGGCAUCAAAGAAGUCCAUUUUCUGAGGAUUCCUGGGUGGUAGGAGAUGCCAAUUUUCCUUCAGUGAAAAAACUGAAGACCGACUCAUUCACUGAUAGAGAAUUACCUGAGUAUCCAUUCACUGAGUUUGAAAAAAAUAAGCAUGAUUCCAUCCCAAAAAGGUCAUAUCCUAGCAUGCAUGAACCUCAUAGUUUUAAUGGAAACACUGACUCUUUACCAUUUGGCUUGAAAGGCCUUCUUAAUCAUCCAAGAAAUUUACCUUGUCCACCCGCUGAAAAUGAUGAUUCUUGGAGGAGCUCUGAUGCAUUUAAUGCAGGUCCUGCUCUGCCACCUUUGGGUUCAAGUAAAUUGCAAAACUUGAGCAGUGAGUAUCAUCAAUCUGCUCCACUUGAAUUGUGGAAAUGGGAAGGUACAAUAGCUAAGGGUGGCGCACCAAUUUGUCGUGCCCGUUGCUUUCCAGUUGGGAAAGUCUUGGACUUUAUGCUGCCGGAGUUCUUAGAUUGCACAGCAAGGACGGGGCUUGACAUGCUGGCCAAACAUUAUUAUCAAGCAGCUGGCACAUGGGUUGUGUUUUUUGUUCCAGAAACUGAUGCUGAUAUUGUUUUCUACAAUGAACUCUUGCAUUAUUUGAGUGAAAAGCAGCGAGCAGCUGUUGCUAAACUGGGUGACAAGAUCUCCUUGUUUCUUGUGCCGCCUUCUGAAUUUUCUGAGCACGUAUUGAAAGUACCUGGCAAAAUGAGCAUCUCUGGGUUAAUUUUGAAGUUUCAGCAUUCUGAUUCUUGUUCCAGCUCUUUUCAUUAUCCAAUGGAUGCGAUGGAAUUCAAACUCCCAACUCUGAUGGCCCGACCAUCUGAUGGAACUAAUCUUCGUGAAGAUGCAUCAUUCAUCAAGCCAAGUUCCCCCAUCUCCCGGACAUCCUUGGGAAAUUUAGCACCACACAAUUUAGGUGACAGUCUUCCUUAUUUGGGGGCCAUUCAUCCAAGGGAAAUGCAACCUGAAUUUAAUAUGGAGAUCAGGCAUGGCCAACCUCAACAGCCUCAGAAGCCUCAACAACAGCUAAAUCCUGCUUUGAAACUGAGCUGGCCAAGUGACAUGCACAUCCCAAAUCCCAGCAUUGUCAGCUUUCCACCCCUUCCUCCAAAUGCUGCUUCACAUUCAGUUGGAAAUUCCAUGGAGGAGAAAUAUCCAAUAGCAAAUCCAAGGUUAGCACCAGAAACAUCUUCUGGGAAUUAUAUCCCUGAAACAUCUGGCAUUAUUCAUUUUCCCAACAGCAAGCUCCCUCAGCUGCAGGAAACUAAACAGUCUUCAUCCUUGCCAAUGCCUCUGCAACCUGAGCAACUUGCACAGCUUGCUGCUUUUCUUGGACAGCACAAACAAGGUGGCCGAGAGUUUGUUUCAUCUACAGAUGCAAGCCUGUCAAGCAAUCCUGGCUUGAUUUCUCAUGCUUCUGUGUCUUCUGGCCCUGCUGGGCCUCAGACUGUCUAUCCUCCUCUUCCUUCUAUCCCUCAGGCUAUUCAUCCUCCUCUUCCUUCUAUGCCACCAAGGCCCCAUGUUGCUCAUGCUUCUAUUUCUCCUGGUAUGAUGGUGGACCGUAUCACGAAUGCUUCUUUGCCUUUGAACUCUGCUGAACCCCAGCUUAGCCAGGCUGGAAGUUUCCAGCUUCAUCUUCCUCAAGAUGUUACUGGUGGCCAGGGAAAUCCUGCUCUGCCAAAUAUUCAACAGGCACCAAAUAGAACAAUGGAAGAGGGCGAGCCAGAUCCCCAGAAGCGUCUGCAAGCAACAUUGCAGUUGGCUGCAUCUCUACUGCAACAGAUCCAGCAACAAUCAAAGACUUGAUUGCCUGAAUUAUGCAGGGGUAAAUGUUAUGUGCUGCUGACGGUGGAAGCAUCAAUCUGGCCAUAGCUUUAAACUCAAUGUUCUGAACAGCAGGAUCUAUUAUCAAAGAAAUCCACCUUCCCUUGCUUGUAACAAUAUUCCCAGUGAAUCUUUGGAUUUCUUUCAUUGUAUGUGUCUGCGGUGUGUUUUCCUCUUACUGCUUUCACCAUAUGUAGAACUUAAGAGACUGCCACCCAGUUUUUGAUGUAAAAUUUUUUAGUAUUUCAGAAGUGGUUUGACUCUUUAUUCUAAUUAUUUCCCUUUCUGCGAGUA